GCCGUGUCGUUGCCUAGCAACUGUAAAGUCAGCACGAGCGUUAGCAAAGUCGCACUCGCUGUUCGUUCGACGCACGCAUUUUACGUAUCUGAAUUACACUUUCGUCGCUUUUUAGACACACUACACAUAAUUUUUCUCGUCUAUACAAUUUUCUUCUGUUUAGUAAAAUGACAGCCAAGAGGAAAGAAACUAUUUUGCAGGUUUCCGCCACUAAUCAAGAGCAGUGGGAGGAGGUUCUUGCAACAAAGGGAUUAACGGUAGUCGACGUGUACCAGCACUGGUGCGGCCCCUGUCGAGCUGUCAUCAGCCUCCUGCGAAAAAUCAACAAUGAACUCGGGGACGACCUGUUACAUUUCGCCACAGCCGAGGCCGACGGCAUCGAUGCGCUGCGGAAGUAUCGAGGGAAAUGCGAGCCCACCUUCCUGUUCUACGGGGGCGGCCAGCUGGUGGGUGUGCUGCGGGGGGCCGACGCGCCCCUCCUUCAGAGGAUGAUCGUGGACCAGCUGGCCAAGGAGAAGUUAGUGCUGGAACAUGGCGGACAACGCAAAGUGGUUGUAGAUAAUGAACUUGCGCUUGAUGAGAUUGUCGAGCAGGGGGGCCAUCAGCUUUCUGAGGGUGGAGACGGCAUAAUAGCAGUUCCUGCCAGUAAAUCCUACACCGUGGCCGUCAUCAAACCAGACGCCGUUGCUCGGGGCGAGGCUGACGAGAUCAUUACGAAGAUUCAAGACGCAGGGUUCGAGAUCUUGGCCCGAGGUGAGCGGACGUUGACCGAGGCCCAGGCUCGAGAAUUUUACCAGCGGAAAGCCACGGAGGAUGGUUUUGAGGAUCUGGUGCAGUCCAUGUCCAGCGGGCCCUCGCACAUUCUGGUGCUGUCAAAGCCGGACAACUCGUCGGACGCGGUGGAAGCUUGGCUCCGCUUCAUCGGCCCGGCAGACGUCGACGAAGCCAGGCGUCGCAAGCCGGAGAGCUUGCGCGCGCAAUACGGCACGCGGACGCCGUUCAACGCUGUGCACGGCAGCGAGGACGCCAAUCAGGCCGGCAGGGAGCUCGCCUUCUUCUUCCCCGACCCGCGCUCGGUCCCGGGAACGGCGCGGGAUGCGGAGGAAGAGCGUGUGGAGAGGACGCUGGCACUCAUCCGGCCUCUCGCUGCCAGGGAAGACAGAGAGGAGAUUCUGACACACAUCAAGAAAUCAGGCUUCCAGCUGUCCUUACAAAGAGAGGUGACGCUAACGGAAGAACAAGCUCGAGAGUUUUACAAACAUCGCGUUGAGGACGACGACUUCCCCGCACUGCUGCAAAGCAUGACCAGAGGACCGGUGCUAGCUUUGGUUCUCACCAGAGAAGAUGCCGUACGGCACUGGAAGAACAUGCUCGGUCCUUCUGACCUCAGAAGAGCCAAGGAAGAGGAUCCUGAAUGUCUCAGGGCCCGUUUUUCCGCGGAAGGCGAUCCGGUCAACCAGCUGCACGGAAGUCAGUCUCCUGAGGAGGCCUCCGGGGAAAUCAGCUUCUUCUUCCCCGUGCAGCAAACGCUGGCCGUCAUCAAACCAGACGCCGUGGACCAACACAAAGACAAGAUUUUGCAGGAGAUCCGCGACAGAGGGUUCUCCAUCAGGCGACUGGAGGAGAAGCUUCUUUCCAGGGAGACGGCUGAAGGAUUUUACAAGGAGCACAGGAAGCAGCCUUUUUUCAGCCAGCUGGUGGAGUUCAUGUGUAGCGGACCCAGUGUGGUGAUGAUCCUGGAAAAGGAGAACGCAGUGGAGGAGUGGAGAGCCACCAUGGGUCCCACGGAUCCGGACCGAGCAAAGGCGGAGUUUCCCGACUCGCUGAGGGCCCGCCUGGCCCUCGACGUCCUCCGCAACUCCGUGCACGGCUCCUCGAGCCGGAAGCGCGCCCAGGAGGAGAUCCAGUCCAUCUUCGGUGAACCAACCGGGAUCACCGAAACUUCAGAUGAACACUCAAAUGAAGCCACUCUGGAUGAACAGAAGCAACAAUAUGAAGGUGACACACACGAAUCAAAUCCUCACAGUCCAGCUUAACAAGUCAAAGAAGAUUCACAGUUGUCAACCUGAAAAUGCCCCCUGGAACAGAACUUCUCUUUAUCAUGUUUAAAAUUGGAGCAAAUGUCAACAAC